AUGUCGGAAGUCCUCAUCUUCGGUGCUGGAGCCGUCGGCGCCUUCUAUGGCUCUCUCAUCGCCAAAACAGGCACGCCCGUAUCCGUCGUCUGCCGUUCAAACUACUCUGCCGUCAAAGCCAAUGGCUUCUCCGUAACGUCUCCCCAAUACGGUUCCUUUGAAUGGACCCCUACUCGUGUUUUCCCAUCUGCAGAGGCAGUUAAGGAAGCUAAAGUCCAUUGGUCAUACAUUGUUGUCACCACGAAAGCUCUACCGGACGUGUCGGACGACUCGGCUUUACUCGAGGGCUUAGUAUCGUCAGGUACAGCUAUCGUACUCAUCCAGAACGGCCUGGGUGUAGAGGAUCCAUACUACUCCCGUUUCCCACAAGCAUCCAUCCUCUCGGCUGUUACAAUCGUUUCGGCAUCCCAGCCUUCCCACGGCAAGAUAGCUCACAACCGUUGGACGCGUAUCAAUGUCGGCCCAUAUCUUCCCGAAACCCACACUUCGGAAUCCACUGCCCAGGAGGCAAUCUCUAAAACGGAGGAAUUUGCAAGAUUACUCGUUUCCGGAGGGGUGAAGGAUGCAGAAGCCUAUACGCACCAAAAACUCCAACAGGUUCGCUGGCAUAAAAUCGCAAUCAAUGCUUCCAUGAAUCCUUCGUCUGUUCUCUCCAAUGGGUCCACAAAUGCUGCGAUGUCACUAGAUCCCGAUUUAUCUAUUCAUCUCAAGGGCGUGAUGGAGGAGGUGCUCACCACGGCUCCGAAAGUUCUUGGGGUGCCAUUCCCAAAGGAGUUUGCAACCUCAGAUCGAAUUAUCCGAUCGACGCAGAAGAACGAUAGCGGUAGUAGACCUAGCAUGUGGGGCGACUGGGAGAGCGGACGACCCAUGGAACUGGAAGUUAUACUAGGAAAUCCUAUAAGGAUAGCGAGGCAGAAAGGGUAUGAAAUGCCGAGGAUGCAGACUCUUUAUGCGCUAUUGAAGAUGGCGCAGGCCAAUAGAGACAAGUCGAAGAGUAAGCUGUAG